GGUUUGGUCCGGUACCUUCUGACUACCGACUCCACCGAGCGUAAUAAUGGUCACAAGUUGCCCAUCUCUCUCGGUACAGAGGCUUCGCUUCGCUUUAACCUGAAUGAACGCCGAACAUUCUACGCCGAAAGAGACAUACGGUUCGAGCAACAAUCCCAUACCGUCACAUACAUCCACUCGUCCCCUUUCCGAAUCUUAUCUGGGCCGGGCCUCCAUGCAUGUUGCAACGACCCCUGACGCAACCUCAAGUCGCUGUCACUCGACAUACUCGUCCAAUCCCCGAAACACAAAGACAAAAGAAGAUCCGUCACAAUGUGGAGCAAACGGGGUGUGUAGCACGAGACUGAACCAAUGUCGAUGCCAAACUGCCGGCGUCUCUGUUCCAGCACUCCAAACCCAGGGAGCUGGGGUCUGCCGUGUAACCAGUCAAGGUUACGCAAGUCAUCGUCAAAAGGGAAUCAGCCAUGACGGCUGUUUGUGUCAUCGAAGCCUCGCAAUAUACAUCGCCAGAGGUACUGCCUGUGGCAGCAAACACCAUCGGUGCGGCGCCCCGAUCCUGCGGUCAACCGUAAGCCCCUCAAGACAACAUGCCCCCCUUACUUUCUUUCCAAGAGCUACCUCCGUCUCUCUCAGCCCAAGCUGCGGUUUUACCCGCCAAUCACCGCAACAGCUGCCCUGCAAGACUUGCUGUCUGCUCUUGCGUGCCAUACCCCUAGACACACACGCACACGCACCGGCAUGUCGUGCCCUGCCGUGUCACUCCGGAGCUGCAUGCCUUCAGCUCACACCUGUCCGCGCCAAUUGCCCGGGCAAGUCCAGCCGCAGCUGCAGGCUCAAAUCUAUCCAACCUCAAGACACUCAAGCCCGAACUUUGAGGAUCCACCGCCGGCCAUGGAAAAGCCAUCGAACUAUGGCCGCCCUGAUCAUCCCCGAGAAGAGGACCGCGGCGAGGAACGCCAAGAGGCCGUUGGACCCCUACCGGCGAGAAUGGCGGCUGAGACAGGGUUUCCUAUCAGAAUCCUGUGUACUCGCCUUGUCAGCAUUCCAUGAUCAUUUCCCAAGGAAGGUAAAGGGUUGUGAAAGCCGAAGAACAAGGGGGGAGUGAAACUCACGCAAUAGAGACGAGACUGUACGCCGACCCGAGCCAAGUCCCCAUGUGCUCGGGGCUGCAAAGCGCAUUGAUGCACGAGACUUUUGGUGGCAGGAACCCUGCAUAUCAGCACUACUUCACACUGCGGCGGCGGCUUCUUCUUCUUCUUCUUCUCCAUUAUUUAAGGGGGAAAACCAAAGGAAUGGCUGGAAUUAGCUUACGGCCUAGGGGACAAAUUUGCCUGUCCCGAUGCCCAUCGC